AUGGCGUUCAUUUACGACAAGAACACUGAAAAGAAAGUCCAAGCCGAAACCGAAAAAAUAAAACUCCAAAAUAAAAUCACUAAGGAAAUAACCUACGACCAAUUAAAAAUCGAGAGUAAGCAAAAAGAUAUUAAAGGCAAAAUUGAUAUUUUUCAACAAAACAAAACCGCCAGCGACCAAAAAAAGUUGGAAUCUUUGGAAAUGAUUAAAAAAGAAUUUAAACAAUCUUUCGGAGCAGAGGAAAAUCCGAAAUUAGUUGAGGUAGAAAAAAAAUUGGAAACCAAAAAAGAGAACAAAAAUAAGAAAAAAAGCAAUUCAGAGAACCAAAAAAAAUAUCAGGAGGGGGUAGAUUAUUGCGUUGAGGACAGGGGAAAUGGAUUUAAAAAAUAUAUCAUUCUCUCGGAAAAAUUAAAAGCGGAUUUUCGCAGAUUCAACAACGGACAAGAUUUUGGAGAUAUUACCGAGCAAAAAUUUAAAGUGCUGCCCGAGCACUCCGAAGAAAUGGCCAGGAAAAUAAGGGAGGAGAACGAAAAGCAUCGGCAAAAGUUCAUUGCCGAGAAUAAUCCGCCCAAAUUGCGUUAUGCUUUUCUAACCCCUGAGGAUGAGGCCCUUUGGUUCAUUCAGAAAAACCGCCAAGCCUGCUCCGAUACUUUUCCUGACGAAAAUUUUGUUACCUGGGACAAUGAGUUCAUGUCUAAAAUAGAAAAACCUGGCACGAGCGAACACAAAGCCCUCCAAGCCCUCAAAAAUGCUGGUAUAUCUUUGAAUAAACUUUUUGAAAAAGUAGAAAAAGGACGAAAAAUCAGGGAAAAAAAAGGACGAGAAAAACCUCACCAAGAUAAAGCCAAAAUAUUAGCCAAUAUUGAGGAUUGA